AUGGCUAUCGAAGAAAUAAUCACAGACCCAUCCCUCAAGCUUGCACUUGAAACUUCGAAUCAGACGCGGGAACAAGCAAUUGCUCUCCUAGACUUCGUAUCGGCUGCAUCCACAACCUCCCCUCCGUCGAACGAAGUUCUACUACAGAUUUCUAAACAACAAAAACUACUCCUUACAUAUCUCGCACAAUUGAGAGGUCUACAUCGUGAUGCUCAUGCCGGCGCACGAGAAACAAAAGCUUUAACCGCGGAAGCGCGUCAAGAAGUAGAUAGGCUACAUUUACAACUUCAGAAUCUAUACUAUGAACAACGACAUUUACAGGGAGAGAUUGCUGCUUGCGAAUCAUAUGAUCAUAAAUAUCAGCAACUUCCCCUGAUACCCGUCGAUGAAUUCCUAGCGCAACAUCCUGAGCACGCUGACGCUGAUGAGAAUGCGCUUAUGAUUGCAAGAAUAGAUCAUGAACAUCAGGAACGAUUGAAGUUGGAAGAACAAAGACAAGGACUUUUGAAGAAGAAACAAGGCUUGAUUGCCGAUAAUAAGAAGAGGAAGGAUGAUCUAGCCAAUCUUGACAAAGAUUUGGAGAAAUUUAUCGAUGCUGCGAAACCAAUACAGAAAACUUUUGAACGUGUGGUAUGA